AUGCAGAUCUUUAAGUCACUUGUCUUGGCCUGUGCCGCCUCUUUGGUGUAUGCCCACGGGUUUCUCAGGUCACCUCGUGCUCGCGGCGGUACUUCCGCUGGCCCGUCCAACGCUAUUUGUGGCCGAGGUGGCACUAGAGCAGGAUCCAGUGUCGCUACCUUCACCCAGGGAGGUACAAUUGAUGUUGAGUGGGAUAUCACGAUCCGCCAUAACAAUGGGUUUGUUGAGGUUCGUAUAUGUGAUGGAACUUUGGUUAGCAGUAGCUGUUUGAAUGAAAACCUAAUGCAACUAGCCAACGGACGGGGCACACGUGUCAACAAUGUGAAUGUGAAUAGCGGUGAAAGCCAACCCAAGAGAUUCUCUGAAACGUACAGGCUUCCAGCAGGCUUGAGCUGUCCCGGAGGGUGUGUACUGCAGUGGGAGUGGUUAGCCCCCGGAAACCAGAACUAUCACGGCUGCUCAGAUAUUACCAUCAAUCCUAUAGGAAACAACAAUAACGUGAACAACGACAGUCAGGAUGAAGAGGAUGAAAUGGAAGAAGAGCGAAGCAACCCACUCGAACUACGUUGCCGCGACCGUGUGUCUGAGCGCACUUGCGACCGUCGUGAUAGAGAACUUAGUUUUAAAAAGCGUUGCUGCCGCAACUCUGGGCGAUGCCCCGGCUACGAAAAUAGCAAAUGCACUAGCAACUUCUGCUGCGAGAGAUAUGCGUUGAAUCGCUUUCGUUGA